UUCAGAGACUGAAAGAAUGGAGCUGAAAUAAAUCGUUUAAAACGGACUACACGUGAACAUUGUCAACAGCUUUCUAAGAUUAUCUGACAGAGCAGGAGUUCUACAAACAAUUCGGGAGAAACUUCAUGAUCUUCCAGAUGUUAUCGCUCUGGUUGGCCAGAAGCACUCUGUCGUGAUUUGAACAAAAGUGGUUGAUGAUUGAUGGGUGCCUCAAAUAAUGGUGAAUUUUAAGUGCGUCGGCACCUGCAGUUCCCGUGUCGCUCAGAGACUCCUCUAAUACAUGGAGGUGUGUCUCAGCAUGGCCACAAGCAAACCCUUCUGGGAUCCUCAUGAAACAAACAAUUUGUACUUUUGCCUUGAUGCGGAAACCAUGGAACAGAAGUUCAGAACACACUACAGAGACUCCUCUAUGGGAUAUGAGGAAAGCUCCAUGCAAAGUUAUCAGGAGGGUGACCAAGUGGUCCCUUCAUUCAAAAGACUGUCUGUGUACGAGCACAUUCCCCCGCACUCUUCCCCAAGAGCUACCAAGCCGCUACCUCCUCUCCCGGACCCGUCCGACUUGUCCUCUGACGAAGGGGUGGACAACGAGGUGGAGUUCUUCACCAGCACGGAUGACCGGCAGUGCCUGGUGCCGGAGCACCGCUCCAAAGCUCUGGCCUUUCGAUACGCCGCAUCCGGCCGUCGGAGCUACCGUGGCUGCGGCCAGGUCAACUAUGCCUACUACGAGGGCACCAAGUCUGCCUGCGCUCCGGGCCAAGAGAAACUGUACGCCCACAAGCAGCCGCGAGAGCUGCCCCUGCCCAGAGACUGCGCCAGGCAGCCGGACCGGACCCAGCGCCGGCUGCGUCGGACGGCCAGCCUGAGGCUGUUCGGCCACGGCCAGCUGCAGGACAAGCCCGAGGUCCCGCCGCGCAUUCCCAUCCCACCGCUUCCUGCCAAGAGCUCGGAGCUCCGGCACCGCUGGUCAGCAUUAGUCCCGUCGGCGCCGCCCAGUGACGGCGACGAGGAUGACGACAAGCCGCCCCAAGUCCCCCCUCGGGAGCCCAUCCCACGGCCCUACGCCCGCGCCCCAAGCCCCAAGAGCCUCCCCAUCUAUGUCAACGGGGUGAUGCCUCCCACACAGAGCUUCGCUCCCAACCCCAAGUACGUCAGCAGGGCCCCCCACAGGCCUCCCCAGGAGGCCGCGACCCCGCCCCACAACCCCUGCAUACUGCCCAUCAUGGAGGAGGGCAAGAAAGCCAGCACCACCCAUUACUUCCUCCUUCCCCAUCGACCGGCGUACGUGGAUCGCUACGCCAGAUUUCUCAGGGAGGCUGAGUGCGAGACGACGACUGAGGGGGGCUGCAGCUAAGAGAGGAGAUAUCUAUAACAGACAGAACUCAUCCGUCCACUUGAUGUAAAAAAAGAACACAACGAGCUCUUAGAAACCUAUAUUUGUACAGGUUCCUCAACUCAUAGCUCGCUGAUGCCUCACACUGCUUAGGGUAUCGUAAAAUAACUGACAUCCCAUUUGCUGGAAAUUUACCAAGCCAAUUUUUUUUCUCCACCUUUUAAGUUUCAUUGGCCAGUGUCACCUUCUUUUCAUAUUUAACCUUUUUGUUUUUACUGCAUCAUCAUGACAAGUAUUAAAAUUAUGAUUUACAUUCAUUCUAUUGCAUACUGUUUUAAGAUAAUGGUUAAGUGUAUGCUAAGUGUGUCAAAAGCUGGUAUAAGCUGGUCUUGUACCAAAACAUUUUCAUUGUUCAACAAACUGCUACAUAAUAAGUAUUUUAGUAUGGUGCUUUGUACAACAUGAAGUAGUUGUUCACGUUAGUGUGUAACUUAGCUGUACAGAAUCUCUGUGUCUACCACGUCCAUGGUAAGAAUAUAAUGGCAAACACUAUGAGCUGUUUAGAAGGUGUUGAUCCGUGUAUUAUACUUUAUAACUUAUCACUACUGAUCACAAAAUGAUGAAGCACUCAAGAUGUGCUAAUCUUUGUUUUUGUUUUUAUGGUUAAUCGUUGCAUAUUUAUGAUGUCAAGUAUAUGUCAAGUGGACACAGUUGUUUUUGCAAGUCAUCAAAGUUGCAUAAUUGUUAUUUUUGUCUAGAUGUUCUUGCUAUAUAAUGUCGGUUAAUGGUUGACUGGUACAAACAUGUGUUGUUAAUGUUUAUGUGAAGAAUAAUUUACGUGUAAGUGCUCAACAAGGGGGGGCCAACAGAACGAGUUUGCUCUGAUAGUCACUGCAUCAUAACUAUACCAAUCAGGACUGCAGCAAGCUGUCAUGCACAAACGACCAUUUUUGCCUUCUUAAUGUGAUUCAUGAAUCUUCAUGAUCCCUGAUGCCUCUCUCCCCUUGGCACUGCAGUGCCUUGGUUGAAGAAUUAUUUGUUGUAUAGUAUUUUUUCCACAUCUGGUUCUGAUUUUGACAGUGGUCUACAAAUUAAAUAAUAUAUUAUAAUUAUUUUUCUCUUUUGAGGUUUCAGUGGUUUACAUUAGUCCUCAUGUUUGUCUCUGUUCACAGUGGAGUUUUCGUACAUCUUAAAUGAAGGAGUAUUUUGUAAAGUAUGUUGAGCGUUUCUGCAUGUUGCGUAUUGUCUGAACAUAUGUACAGUACCCCUGCUUUAGGGGAAACAUGCAAAACACUAUAUUCAUUAUAUAUUUAAGGCAAUAAAAUAACUUAUCCUCA